UUGUAAAAUGCACAAAUAAACGCCUCCAAGUUUCUAUAUUGAUUCGUACUUAUGGUAAAAGAACAGACGUCAUUAUUGAUAGAAAACGGGAAAUUAUGACCAUAAGAUAUUUAUCUAAGCUUGGACUAGUCCGUCCAGUAUAUUGUCGAUUUAAUAAUGGAAUUGUGUAUGGUUAUACUCCUGGUCGUGCGCUUUCCGUACCAGACAUGAGUAAUCAGCGCAUAUGUCUGCUCAUUGCGGAACAUAUGGCAGUUUGGCAUAAGGUAAACUUCUCUAAUGAAAAGGAAUCGACAUUAUUUCCUGUUUUAUGGAAGUGGUUAAGAGAAGUACCAAAGUCAUAUAUCGAUCCAAAAACUGAUGAGAAAUUUCAAAAAAAUUUUAAAUUGGAGGAACUCUUCAAUGAAUUGACUGGUUUAGAAAAUGAACUAGUAAAAAUAGAGUCUCCUAUUGUGUUUUGUCAUAAUGACCUCUUGAAUGGAAAUAUUAUUUAUGAAGAAUCCAGAAACAAGAUUUCGUUCAUAGAUCUGGAAUAUGGAUCAAUGAAUUAUAGAUCAUUUGAUAUUGCGAAUCAUUUCAAUGAUUUCGCAGGGUUUGAAUGCGAUUAUAAUUUAUACCCAUCUAAUGAAUUUCAAAAAAAAUGGUUGAGACAUUAUCUUUGUUCAUAUAAUCCUGGUGCCACAAUUACUGAAGAAGAAGUUAAUAAAUUAUAUCAAGAGGUCAAUAAAUUCGCGUUAGCAUCCCAUUUCUUUUGGGGUGUGUGGGGGUUGGUUCGGGCCCAGUCCUCAGAAAUUAAUUUUGACUAUAUAGAAUAUGCGACUUUAAGGUUUAAAGAGUAUUAUAAUAAAAAAGAAGA